UGCCAUAUCAGCGACCAGCUCUUCCGACUUCUCUGGCUGCGGUGCUACCAGGCUUUGAAACACCACCACCCGUGCUCUGUUGAGCCGGCUUGCAAUCCUGGAUCAACUCCAACGCGCAAAGCGACCACGAACGUAGACACGAGCGCACGCGACGGAAUCCCUGACAUUGGCCUUACAACAUCUGUCACCUGCUCCUUAGCACUGCCUAUUAUACCUAGACGACGUCCUUGGAUCUGACAAUACUUUCGUUUAUUUUCUUUACGACGUGGCAAUGCUCGAAGACAAGUACAUUGGGCUCGCGCUUGCUGUCUCCAGCUCUCUUGCUAUCGGGACCAGCUUUAUCAUAACCAAAAAGGGCUUGAAUGACGCAGGUAAUCGCUCGACAUAUGCGCAGGCCUCGGACAACUAUUCGUAUUUCAAAAGCCCCAUCUGGUGGGCUGGGAUGUCAACUUUGGUUCUGGGAGAAGUCGCGAACUUCGCUGCAUACACAUUCGCUCCCCCAAUAUUGGUCACGCCACUGGGUGCCCUCAGUGUCAUUAUAGGCGCGAUCCUUGCGUCCUUCCUAUUAAAUGAAGAGCUCGGUCACCUUGGCCGGGUUGGAUGUACAUUAUGCCUUCUUGGCUCUCUCAUAAUUGUGUUGCAUGCACCUGAAGACAAGGACAUUCAAACGGUGGAUGAGAUCUUGCAUUACGCUAUGCAACCUGGCUUCAUGCUAUACUGCUUCACCGUUGUGGUCUUCAGCUUAGUGAUGAUAUAUGCUGUGGUGCCGAAUUACGGACGGACAAAUCCCUUGGUCUACAUAUCCAUCUGUUCAUUAGUCGGGUCCGUCUCUGUGAUGGCAAUCAAGGGUUUCGGCGUGGCGGUGAAGUUGACCUUCGCUGGCAACAACCAGUUCACACACCCGAGCACGUAUGUGUUCGGUAUCGUCGUCGCAGGUUGCAUCACAGUGCAGAUGAACUACUUCAACAAGGCCCUCGAUACCUUCUCUACCAAUGUCGUAAACCCCAUGUACUACGUCGGCUUCUCCACUGCGACAAUCGUCGCCUCCGUCAUUCUGUUCCAGGGCUUCAACACGGAUGACCCGGCGAACUCGAUAUCACUACUGGCCGGCUUCAUUACCACAUUCCUGGGCGUCCACCUCCUCGAGAUCUCCCGCAGGCCUGAGUCGCUACCCGUAGCGAGCGGCCACUCCGUGCUCGAGGGCGGCAUCACGAACCCGCGUCUAAGCUUACAGGGCCGCAUAUCCACUGACGGAUGGAACGGUUCGGCCAGGACAACUGUCGGCGGCUCAGGUCCCCAGUACUCGUCGGCGCGACGAGGAAACUCACAUAAUCGUACUGGCUCUUCAACGCUGUUCAACGCGUUUGAGGAGGACGAAGAGAUCACGGAUAACGUUGGGCUGUCGCGAUUGCAGGAUGUGGGAGAGGACGAUGAGCUGGAGCAGGUGGAUGAACGGACUCAUUUGCGCUUGGAGGAGCGGAAACGGCAAGGUACGAGGAGCGGGAGCCAUUCUCCUCGAUGAUGUGUUCGUGUACUUUCUUUUAUAUUGGACUGCAGCCGCCAUAUCCUACUCGGUCAUUACUUUAAAGUGUCCCAUAUUCACUUUCCGGGUUGGCAAGGAAUGCUCCGCGUUCAGCGCUCACCAUUCA